CCUCCUCCCGUGACAGCCUGGCUCAUGUUUCUCAGGAAAGCGCUAAGCCAGUUAUUAAUAACAGCCCAGCGAGUCUCCUGAGCCACCUAGGAGCAGAUGGUGUUUUUCACAAAAGAGAGAGAUCAUCUCCUUGACUUUGGACUUCGCUUAUCAAACCCCUAAACAGAACCAAGGUUGCUAAGAGACCACCUGUUCUGAAUGCACUUUGUCCUAGGAAGAGCAGCCAGAGAGAAAACCGAGGCGCAGCAUUAUCUACCACUACCCGGAUUAAAUCAGGAAGCAGAAGCAUUUUGGAUAUGACAUGUAAAAAUUGGAUAUUAAUUUCUACUACUACCCCCACAAGUCUAGAAGAUGAAAUUGUGGGAAGACUUCUAAAAAUUUUGUUUGUAAUCUUUGUUGACUUCCUGUCUAUUAUAUAUGUUGUUAUAACUUCUUAGAAAAAUGACUUCCUUUUCUUUACUUGUGAAUUUCAUAUUGAACUCCAGUGAAUAAAAUUUUAUAAUUUAA